GUUUUAAUGUUUAAUAUUGCCAGGUGCCAUAAGAGUGAUGAUGAGCAGAGGAUAGUACAGUAUUGUUUUCCUUAAUAGUAUGUUACUAAUUUAGUCAUUUUUUGUGUUGGAAUAUGAACAGUGUUGAGUGAGAACCAAGUUUCCUGAAUAAUGACAACAACGUCCCAGAAGCACACUCUCUUUGUGGCUGAACCCAUGGGAGACAAGCCCGUGACCGAACUAGCUGGUAUUGGAGAAAUUUUGGGCAGGAGACUGGAAAACAGAGGCUUUGAUAAAGCUUAUGUGGUUCUGGGCCAGUUUCUGGUUCUCAAGAAGAACAGAGAACUGUUUCUGGAGUGGCUGCAGGACCUGGUGGCAGCCAAAUCCAACCAAGCAUCUGAAUGUUACCAGUGUCUAGCUGACUGGUGUAGUGAGUUUCUGUAA